CUCUGUGAGCCUCAGAUGGCAGGCUGGAUAGUGGGGCUGCAUGUGGAGAAGACAGUGGGGCGCUCACCUGUGGGCCCAGAGGCAGCAUCCUGGGAGGAAGUGCCCGCAGAGCUCCUCUUCCUGCCUCCCAGCAGCACAGGAGACCCGUCCCCCGGAAGCUCCAUGAUCUGGACCCACAGCCGCGGCCUGGCAUCUCUGCCCAUGCAGCUCAACACGCCGGCCCGGCCGGGGGACUCAAAGGAGCAGGACACAGAGGAGCCCAAGAAACGGAAAGGCGGGUGGCCCAAAGGCAAGAAGAGGAAGCCCCCAAGGGACCUCUCUGUGCCCCGUGCACCCACGACAGGGUAUGUGAUUUUCCUAAAUGAACAGAGAAGCCAGCUGCGGGCCAAACACCCCAACCUGCCUUUCACGGAAAUAACAAAAAUACUGGCUGCCCAGUGGGCGCAGCUGUCUCAGGAGAGAAAGCAAAGGUACAUUUACGCGGCCGACGAGGACAAGCAGCGUUACAUCCGGGAGCUGCAGGCCUACCAGAGCUCCGAGGCCUACCGGGCCUUCCUGCGGAGGCGGGCGGCCCACAGGGCUCUGUGCGGACCAGGGGCCCCAGGAGGUGAACUCGAGCGUGAGGACCUUGACCUCUCAGCCAUGAACGCCUCGGAGGAUGGGGACCUGCGCUGCCGCACCUGCCACCAGUGCUUCAGCUCACAGCACAACAAGAGGGAGCACCUGCUUGGCAGGCAGCACCUGCACAACCUCACAGGGGAAUUUGAGAAAGACUCCGCCAAGUACUUAAGGCACCUGGAACCUCCACAGGAAGAGGAAGGCCGAAUGCACAAAACCGAGUCAGAGGAGGAAGCCGAGGGCCCCGGUGCGAUUGGACCUGGGGCCCUGGCUCCAGGGGAGACUUUUGCUUCCCUGGACCUGAGCUUCUGGCAGGAGUUUUUCUGGAAACUACUGAAAGUGAAGGAAUUUGAGCUGGGGGAGCUGCGGAGCACUCUGGGAAGAGCCCAGGCGGAGCAGGAGGCCCUGCAGAGGCAGCUGGCGGAGUUCCAGAGCCAGCAGCAGCGCCUGGAGGUGGAACUGGCCGGCCUGCGGACGUGCGGGCUGGUGCUGGAGAAGGAGCUGGAGAAUCUCAACAUGCUCCUGCUGCUGUCCUGCUUCAGCCUGCAGAUGGCGGACACAGCAUGAAGCCCAGCACUGGUGCGGCACCCGGGACCCCAGCCUGUCACCCAGGCACCCGAGAUGGCAGAAGGACAGAGGGACGUUCAGACAGAGGGCAAAUAAACCAUGUGUGCACGUGUGCGGGCAGCAGGCUUCACCUGUGUCCGGAGUCUGGCAAAGAGCCGGGCAGAGCCCUGUCUGUCUGCAGCGCGGCAAACUCCCUCAGAGGACCGGGGCCGGGCAGCUGUGGGGGAACCGCGACCACUCUGGCCUUGGCCUCCGGAACCCUGAACUCAGACCCAGCCCCGCCCUCGUGAUCGUCUCAGUAGCCUGGGGACCCUUUGCUUUUCUCCAUCGGAUUGUAAGACAAUCGCUGCUCCUCAUUGGCUUCUCGUGUCCUGGUGGGGUCCUCCGGAAGCCGACCUUGAAAGCAGGAUCUGCAGGCAAAUGGGUUCUUUGGGAGGUGACUCUGGGGAGGAGGAGCCGGAAGGACAGCCGCCCGGGGUGUGGAGGGGCAGUGCCCGUGUGG